GUAGCGUGACCUCUACUGCAGUUGAAAACACUCCGGAGCCGAGGGUGAAUCAAUUGGUCGUAGGGAGGCGAGUUGUUUCUGCUUGACAUAUUCAACUUUCAAAGAACAGCACCACAGACAGGCCUAUGUCCUCGGAGCCGCUUGAUUUCCGACUCGGGGAGAACAGUGUGACUGCCGGCGCUGAGUCUGUUCCUGCACAGCUACAUCGACAUGGGUGUGAUCAGUGUGCAACUGGUGGUUACCAUGGUAAUGGCCUGCGUGAUUCAGAAAAUUAUACCUCACUACUCCUUCGCAAGAUGGCUGCUUUGCAGUGGCAGUCUGCGUUGGUAUCAGCAUCCAACAGAAGAUGAGCUGAGGAGCCUUGCUGGAAAGCACCAGAAAGGAGGGAAGAACAAAAAGGACCGGAAAUACAACGGGCACAUAGAAAACAAGCCACUGACGGUUCCCAAAGACAUCGACCUCCAGCUAGAAACGAAAUGUAUUGCCGAAGUGGACACACUAGCUUUGCACUACUUCCCAGAGUUUCAGUGGCUGGUGGACUUCACAGUGGCAGCAACAGCAGUGUACCUCAUCACAGAGCUGUACUUCUGCGUGGCUGAGCCUAAUGGAGAGAUGAACAUCAGUGUGGUGUGGAGUUUGUUAGUGCUGGCCUUUGUCAUUAAGAUCCUCUUCUCGCUCACGGCUCACUACUUUAAGCUUGAGGAAGGCGGCGAGCGAUCCCUCUGCAUCACGUUUGGGUUCUUCUUCUUUGUCAAAGCAAUGGCCAUCCUCAUUGUCACUGAGAACUACCUGGAGUUUGGACUUGAGACGGGUUUUGCUAAUUUUUCUGAAAGUGCUGUUCAGUUUCUGGAGACCCAAGGCUUGCAGUCCCAAGGCCCCAUAUCCAAGCUAACCUUUAAGCUGGUUCUGGCUCUACUCUGCUCUCUGAUUGGAGCGUUCCUCACCUUCCCUGGGCUGAGAUUGGCUCAGAUGCAUCUCGAUGCCCUCACACUAAACAUCAGUAAAGUCACACAGACGUUGCUACAUAUCAACUUCCUGGCCCCACUUAUAAUGGUACUGAUGUGGGUGAAGCCCAUAACCAAGGAUUAUAUAAUGAACCCCACACUGGGGAAAGAAAGUGUGCCUUUGAUGUCAGAGAAGACAUAUGACACGCUGCGCCUGUGGGCCAUUCUGCUGCUGUGCACGCUGAGACUGGCCAUGAUGCGCCACCACCUACAGGCCUACCUCAACCUGGCCCAGAAGGGUGUCGAGCAGAUGAAGAAGGAAGCAGGGCGCAUCAGCACAGUCGAGCUGCAGAAAAUGGUCGCUCGUGUCUUUUACUACCUGUGUGUGAUAGCUCUUCAGUAUGUGGCACCGCUGGUGAUGCUGCUGCAUACAACUUUGCUGCUAAAGACAUUAGGCGGACAUUCCUGGGGUAUUUAUGCUGAAGAGAUUGAGGACUCUCACCUGGGCACAGCAGGACAAGCAGAAGCUCAGGGUCCGCAGACGGUGGCACAGCUCUCUGUGGCUUUGGGAGGACUGAGGACCGUUUUCACACCUUUGCUUUUUCGCGGCCUCCUCUCCUUCCUCACAUGGUGGAUUGCUGCCUGUUUGUUCUCCACGUCUCUCUUUGGCCUCUUUUACCACCAGUACCUGACGGCUGCGUAGCAACAGCCCACCUGAGGGCCAAUGCUAGCAGAGAGGACUGUACAACCAAAGGCCCAGGAACUCCAUCCUUUUCUUUUCACAAACAUAUCUCUCUUACGGGCUUCCUUUAUGGACUUUGAUGUCCUUUUUAAAAGAAAAACUGUUUUUAGAACCACAUUCAGUCAACCAUAGUGAACAAUAAUAGUAAUAAUGAUUUGAUAUCCGCAAUGUCGGGAUUACUGAAUGGAGGAUCGGCUCCUGGGCAGUGUGUGUGUGUGUGUUGAUUUAACGAUGCAGGACACCCAUGAAUCUGCAGAUGGAUACAUUUUUAUGGGUCUUUUUUUUUGUUUAUUUGUUUUAAACACUGAGAAUUUUGGAGUUGUGGAUUGCUUUAUUGAGAUACUGUAUUUUUAGAGUUCGAAAUGGAGGAUAUGCAACAAAAAAAAAAAAAAGCGGGGUUUUUAAAUGUGAUUUUAAGUCAUUUUUCACUUUUGCCUCUGAAAUUUGGCUCUGCUGUAGGGAAGGUGGACACCCUUAGUGUUCUACAGCUCUAACAAGUGUUGUAUUAUGGCAAAUAACAACACUGGGAGUGUGGAUAGCGCCUGAGAGAAGGGGGGGAGAGAAUGUUAAUUAAAUGUGGGGGUUGUUUUUAUCUUUAUUACCAGGCAGGUGCUUAAUAGGCCUUCCUGUUUUGAGUUUGUGUAACUGUACAAAGACUGGGCUAAUUUAACAGUAUGUGUGAGUGUGUGCUUGUGUGUGAGAACAGACAAGCGUUAGAAUAAAGACAUCAAUGCCUGCAGGCUGCGGCUGACCCCUGCCGCUUGCAGGCAUAAAUCUAAAAAGGGCAUUUUGAACAAGAAAGGAGCGAUCUUUGGAAAUGAUCUAAAGCACUGGCCUCCGCUCUGCUCCUGCCUCUCUCUUUCGUUUAACUGGUCAAACAUUUUGCUUUGAAUCUAGGGUCCAGCGUGAUCAAACAGAGCCUGCAAGUGCACCACACACGCUACCAUGUCAUGCCUAUUGAUUUGCCGUCACAGCUCUAGUAUUUGGAUUGAUUUCCGUUUAGCUUUAUAUUAAGGUGCCAAGGAUGCGUGUAAGCUCUAAUCUGUUGCUAGUGUAACUGCUUGUGUCAAUUCUGAGACAUCGAGCCGUGUGGCCUGCUUUGAAAUGUAAGUAUCCACACUCAAAUGUUCUCUGCAAUGUGCAAGCAAUAGGGGAAGAAACCUCAUGGUUUGUUAAUAUGGAGAGAGUUUGAUGCGUUUUGUGUACCUCGUGUGCUGUGGUAGAGCAGUGCAUGAGGCUGAAUUCUGCAGAUUUUUAUGAAUUUUUGGUCCAUAAAAACAUGGAUUGCACUACAGCUCAGACAAGCAGAACAGAUACAGGAUACACAUAUCAUUUUGAUUUGUAAUUGUGUCUUGUUUUUAUUAACGUUUUAACUCUUUUAUGAGUUGUAAAAGUCAGUCUUAUCCUCUCUCUCUCUCUCUCUCUCUCUCUCUCUCUCUCUCUCUCCAUUUUGCAUUUUGGAGAGUGUGCACAAUAAGAAUUGUAUCAGUCCUGUGGUUUUGAUGUAUGAGUUUUCAUUUGUGCGUUAUUUUUCCUGGUUCAACUACACAAUUUCAACUUGGCCAAACCAGUGACAGUUUUGGUUAAGCACUGUUGGCGAAUCCGUUAUUUAUUUAACAUGGAGUGAUUUUAACAUUCAGCAGGCAGUCUGUUGCCUGGGAUAACAUGCCAUUGCGUCAGUAUUAAGUAGAGGAAUGGGACAGUAAUAGUGUUCCAAUAAUUAUGAAUUUUGGCUGAAGUGUACUUCGCACAAUCACCUAAUCAGUCAGUCAUAAUGUCCAGUGUCGGUGGAUCAUUUAUGAACAUUUAAAAACUCUAUCACUUGCAAGCAAGAAACUACUGACUCUGCCAAGUUAUCGAGUUAUCAGAUUUGUACUUUUUUUUUUUUUUUUUGGUCUUUUCUAGCACUUAAGUUCAAACAAGUAGUUGAAGAGUGACCAAGAGCAGAAGGAAGCGCUUUUUUUUUAUAAAUAUCGUUUACUAAAUACCUCUUUUUCACCAUAGUUAUGUGUCUUUUAAUCAUUUCAGACCUAAUGCCAAAUAAACUCAUCUUGGAUUCUUAAUUGGGCUUUUUGGAUUUCACAAAUCAUUUGUAAAAUUCCUAUUUUUUUUUCUUUCUUUCUUUCUCUCUCUCUCUCUCCGUUGACUUCUAGUGAUGAUGAAGCCGGGACACUUCUUAAAAUCCACAAGCCAGAAUGGCCUUGUCUUAAUUGUGUUUUAUGUAUGGCUGUUCUACUGUUUUAUUUAUUUGUUUGUUAAUUUGUGUUUAAUAAAUGAAUGU